AUGAGCGAUAAUAUACAACUCUUCAAAGAAUAUGUAAACUUUACAAAUGUAAAACCUUUAUUUUAUCGUUUACUUCUGCAUCCAGGUAUAACAGAGUUAAGUUUGGAAGAAUUUAUGAAACAGACUGUCGCACUUGCUAGACAGUUGCAAGUUGUUGAAAAUAAACAAAAUAUCAUAGAAAUUGUAGUUUUUUUUGAUGAAGUCAAUACAUCAUCUCGUCUGGGAUCAUUCAAAGAGAUGUUUAUGGAUCGAUCACUACGUGGGCAAUUAUUACCUAAUAAUAUAUUUUUCACUGCAGCAAUAAAUUCUUACAGUGAAAGAAAUCAAGCUAAACCAGCAACGGAUCAGUCAAAUAUUAUUCAACGAAGAGAUUAUCUUGUACAUGACUUACCACAAACUUUGCAAUUUCUAAAAUGUUCUUACAGUACGUUACCAAUCAGUCAAUCAAGAAUGUAUGUUGAACGAAAUAUUGAAAUGUAUCAUGUUAAAUGUAUUCAGAAUAUGCCACUUGAAGAAUAUACACGUGAUACUCUUUGUAAUGCAAUUCUAGACGCUCAAGAAUUCUGUUUAAAACGUUUGGGAGGAAAUUUGGUCAGUCAACGUGAAAUUGAACGGUGUUUUCAAAUAUUUAGCUUUUUUUGGACAACAAAAUAUACGGAUGAAACUGAGAAAAAGCCAAUCGUCUGCAUUGCAUUAGCGAUUGCAGUGGUGUAUUAUUUUCGUUUACCAACAAAAGACGAUCGUCAACAAUGCAACGAUUUAUUGAGUCCAACACGUGAAGAAUUCUCAACGGUUACAAUAGCGUGA